AUGGCUGAAGAAGAUAGAGUUUUGACGAAAAUGGAAUAUCAUACUUAUAAAAUUGUUAAAGUAGAUAAUGACUCAAAAAAAAUUCAGAUACAAAAUAAUGAAGCUGAAAUUUCCAAAAUGAAAAAUGAAAUAAUUGAAAUAUAAUUAAAAAAAUAAGAAUUAGGAAAAGAAUUAGUAUCCUAAGCAUAAGUAUAUAAAAUAUUUAAUAUAGCAAUUAAAUAACUUAGAAUAAGAAAUUAUAAUUAUCAAAUCCAAGACUGAUUCAGAAAUUUAUAAAUUGUAGAAUGAAUUAAGUGAAUUUCAAUAAAGAUAUUUUAAACAAGAAGAGAAUAAUGAAAUUAUAUUCUCUUAAUAUGAAUAAAGAUAACCAAAUUUAUAUUUUUGCGAUGUAAAAAAAUAUAUAUUGAAAUUUAGAUAAAAAAAGGUUCUGAUGAUUUUACUUUUUUAAAGAUUGUAUUUCAUUAGGACUUCAAAAUUGAAAAAUUCGAUACCUAAAUUUAAGAUAAUUAAGUGGAUAUUGUUGUUAAUUUAUAGAGAAAUGAAGUUGCUCAUAUAAUUAAACAUCUCGUUUAAAUUGACUAAUAGAAUAUAUAAUGUUUGGCAAAAGUAGUUUAGGCAAAUGAAAUUACAUUCCAAUUUGGGUAAGCAUCUUGA